AUGCAGUCACUGAGUCAGUUCCACCAGCUCCACCCACCCCACACCAUCCCAGCUCUUCCAGCUCUAGCCCAAGGCAACUCCACCUGCCACACACCAUCCCAGCUCUUCCAGCUCUUGCCCAACGCAAGAUUGCCAGCUCUUUCCAGCUCCACCUGCCACACACCAUCCCAGCUCUUCCAGCUCUUGCCCAAGGCAAGAUAG